GUGGCGCGAGCCGAGGAGCCGUGCGGGAGCGAUGCGCGGAGGGAAUGGGACGCAGAGAGUGGGGUGAGAGGCCACAGAGCGGACGGCAGCGGGACGCUCCCCCAGCAGGUUUUCAGUACACUUUUCAGUGGACUCCACUAGUGUGCGGGGUCCAAACCCACGGGAGUUUGGAGAAGCGAGAAGUCGGAGGGCCAGUGACCAAUCAUGAGCACAGUUGUUUUCAACAAGCUAAGCAGCCAGGUGAUUUUUGAGGACAAUGCAAAGGAGGUGGAGAGGAGCAGCCUGAACUACAUCGAGGUGAUCGAAGGACAGCACCCUGACAUACUGUCCAGCAGCCCGGCUGUAAAGGACAGCGCUGCCAUCAGACACAGGAGACCCGGGCCUCGACAGAGUGGUGCAAAGGUGCGUCACAAGCGGCAGACCCUUCAAGACAUGGCUCGCCCCCUGAAGCAAUGGCUGUACACGCACCGGGACAACCCGUACCCCACCAAGACGGAGAAGAUCCUGCUGGCCCUCGGCUCUCAAAUGACCCUGGUCCAGGUGUCCAACUGGUUCGCCAAUGCCCGACGCCGCUUGAAGAACACGGUGAGGCAGCCUAACCUCAGCUGGGCGCUGCGCAUCAAGCUGUACAACAAGUAUGUCCAGGGGAACGCGGAGCGGCUGAGCGUGAGCAGCGAUGACAGCUGCUCGGAAGAUGGAGAGACCCCACUGCUUACUCAGUCCAGUGGCACUGAGUUCAGCCAGCCCAGGUACCAGAGUGUCAUCAAGAAGGAGGGAGCCAUGGUUGGACCAGGCCUUGGCGAGGAUUAUGUGUCGCCACCCAAGUACAAGAGCAGCUUGCUACACAGGUACCUCAACGACUCGCUGUGCCAUGUGAUGGCCUCUAGCAGAGUGGUGGACUCACGCAGACGAAAUCACUCGGGAUCGUUCAGCUCCAACGAGUACGAUGAGGAGAUCCUCUCGCCAUCAUCUUCGGAAACGGAGGGAAACUUUGUUUACCGCAGUGACACCACAGACCAGGGUCCUACCAGAUGUGACCACGGCCCGAGGGGAAGGGUGCGGGGCAAAGAUGAGACAUACUGGAAGGAGAUGAACGCGGCCAUGGCAUUGACGAACCUGGCGCAGGCGAAGGACAGCGCAUCAGAGACCACCAGCUGCAUCAUCCAGAAAUCCUCACAUAUAUCAGAAAUAAAGACUGUCAAAAUGCCAGCGAUGCACAAGUAUUAG